CCGGGUUGGGCUCAAGGCAGCAUUCUGCGUCAUGGGGACUUGGCAGCGUUUGCUGCUUUUUCGGGGGGCGUCGCUUCGGGGCUACGGCGGGGCCUAUGUGCCGCUUGGGGGAAGCCGAGUGUUGGUUUGGGGGCGCCAGUUCUCUGGUGCUGAGAGUGAGACCCUAAAACAAAGAAGAACACAAGUCAUGUCUCGAGGACUUCCAAAGCAGAAACCAAUAGACGGUGUUAAACAAGUUAUAGUUGUGGCUUCUGGAAAGGGUGGAGUUGGAAAGUCUACUACAGCAGUGAACCUUGCACUUGCUUUAUCAGCGAAUGAUUCGUCAAAGGCUGUUGGUUUGCUAGAUGUGGAUGUGUAUGGCCCUUCUAUUCCGAAGAUGAUGAAUCUGAAAGGAGAUCCAGAGUUAUCACAGAGUAACUUAAUGCGGCCUCUUUUGAAUUAUGGUAUUGCUUGUAUGUCCAUGGGCUUCCUGGUUGAAGAGACUGCACCCAUUGUUUGGAGAGGCCUUAUGGUAAUGUCAGCCAUUGAGAAACUGUUGAGGCAGGUAGAUUGGGGUCAACUGGACUAUUUAGUUGUUGACAUGCCACCAGGAACUGGAGAUGUGCAGUUAUCAGUCUCACAGAAUAUUCCUAUUUCAGGAGCUGUGAUUGUCUCCACACCCCAGGACAUUGCAUUGAUGGACGCACAUAAGGGAGCUGAGAUGUUUCGAAAAGUCCACGUGCCUGUUCUGGGCCUUGUCCAAAAUAUGAGUGUUUUCCAGUGUCCAAAAUGUAAACACAAAACUCAUAUAUUUGGUGCUGAUGGUGCAAGGAGACUAGCACGGACCCUUGAUCUUGAUAUUCUAGGAGACAUUCCCUUACAUCUUAAUAUACGGGAAGCUUCAGAUACAGGCCAGCCGAUUGUGUUUUCACAGCCUGAAAGUGAUGAGGCCAAAGCCUACCUAAGGAUUGCUACCGAAGUGGUAAGAAGAUUGCCGCCACCUCCAGAGUGAUUCCCCAAGUGUCUUGGAAAUCCGCCUGGUGCUUGACAGUAAGACCUUUGGAAAUCAGCAGUGUGGUGGUGAAACCUACAGAAAUAAUAGCAAUCAUAGUUGUUUUCUUGUAUUUCUAAAGAAAUAAUGUCUUAUCCUCAGAUUUGAUUUGCUAAACAAUGACUUACAAAUAAAGUUUUUACAUACCGAUGCUUACUGAUACAUUUAGGAAUGUUUUUGCAAGCUGUUGUGUACCAGCGUCACAGAACUGCAUUCUAUUUUAUUGAACUACCCCUUAAGGAAUCACGAGUUUAUAUUACAAGCCCAACCUUCAGUUCAGGAGAGAACUGUGCUCUUUUUGCAGGACUACAGAGUUAAAGAAUUUACUGAAUGUGAGUAUGGAUGUUAAGUGUGACAUCUCUCCAUCAGGCAGUUUGAUCUGGGUUUGAAUCCUGCCUCUAGUACUAUCUUGGACACAUUCUUGUUCCAGAUAAACCUCUACUUCUUCAUCUGGACUCGACUCUCCCCUAGACUUAAUAAAUCUCAAUCUCCAGGGGUGGAGUCUGGACAUGUGUGUUUUUAACAAGAUCAUAAUGAUUCUGAUUAUGAUGGCAAUAAUAAUAGUAAUUAACAUUUAUCAAGUGUUUUCUCGUGUCCUUAUAGUUAAUCUUUCAUUCAUAUGAGUGGGGUACUGUUGUUAUUUCCACUUUACAGAUGGGGAAACUGAGAUAUGGGAAAGUUAACUGUCUUCCUGAAGGUUACUGUCUAGCAAGUGGAGGUUUGAAAUUGGGCAGUUGGAUACUGGAUCCUUCCUUUUGUACACCAGAGGGCAUUUGUUUAUUUCAAAAGAGGAAUAGGAUUAUAGUAUUCAGAAUUUCCUCAAACUUAUUUGACCAUGAACUCCCCCAACCUCCCCUUUAGGAGCAUUUCUUGGAGUUCAUAUUUCAAAGAAUACACCUUGAAAAGCAUCUUGUCUCUUGGAGGCUGAGAGAGAGAGAGUCAAGGGCUUCCCAAGGUUAUAAAGCUGCAAGUACUGAUAAGAGUCAUUAGUUAAUCCUCACUUACAAGGAGGUGGUCUGUGACCUUUGGCAAAUGCCUGAGUUCCUUUGCUCUGUAGUUAAGCAGCCAGAAAAUUAGGUAAAGAGUUACAUAUCAAGCUUUGGUAAAUUUAAGAAAAUUGAAAUCGUAUCAAGUAUCUUUUCCUACCACAAUGCUAUGAGACUAGAUAUCAAUUACAGGAAAAAAUCUGUAAGAAAUACAAACACAUGGAAGCUAAACAGCACACUACUUAAUAACCAAGAGAUCACUGAAGAAAUCAAAGAGGAAAUCAAAAAAUACCUAGAAACAAAUGACAAUGAAAACACAAUGACCCAAAACCUAUGGGAUGCAGCAAAAGCAGUUCUAAGAGGGAAGUUUAUAGUUAUACAAGUCUACCUUAAGAAACAAGAAACAUCUCAAAUAAACAACCUAGCCUUACACCUAAAGCAAUUAGAGAAAGAAGAACAAAAAAACCCCAAAGUUAGCAGAAGAAAUCAUAAAGAUCAGAUCAGAAAUAAAUGAAAAAGAAAUGAAGGAAACGAUAGCAAAGAUCAAUAAAACUAAAAGCUGGUUCUUUGAGAUGAUAAACAAAAUUGAUAAACCAUUAGCCAGACUCAUCAAGAAAAAAAGGGAGAAGACUCGAAUCAACAGAAUUAGAAAUGAAAAAGGAGAAGUAACAACUGACACUGCAGAAAUACAAAGGAUCAUGAGAGAUUACUACAAGCAACUGUAUGCCAAUAAAAUGGACAACCUGGAAGAAAUGGACAAAUUCCUAGAAAAGCACAACAAAAAUUUGAAAGUGAAAUUAAGAAAACACUCCCAUUUAACAUUGCAACAAAAAGAAUAAAAUAUCUAGGAAUAAACCUACCUAAGGAGACAAAAGACCUGUAUGCAGAAAAUUAUAAGACACUGAUGAAAGGAAUUAAAGAUGAUUCAAAUAGAUGGAGAGAUAUACCAUGUUCUUGGAUCGGAAGAAUCAACAUUGUGAAAAUGUCUAUACUACCCAAAGCAAUCUACAGAUUCAAUGCAAUCCCUAUCAAACUACCACUGGCAUUUUUCACAGAACUAGAACAAAAAAUUUCACAAUUUGUAUGGAAACGCAAAAGACCCCGAAUAGCCAAAGCAAUCAAGAGAAAGAAAAACAGAGCUGGAGGAAUCAGGCUCUCUGACUUCAGACUAUACUACAAAGCUACAGUAAUCAAGACAGUAUGGUACUGGCACUAAAACAGAAAUAUAGAUCAAUGGAACAGGAUAGAAAGCCCAGAGAUAAACCCACGCACAUAUGGUCACCUUAUCUUUGAUGAAGGAGGCAAGAAUAUACAGUGGAGAAAAGACAGCCUCUUCAAUAAGUGGUGCUGGGAAAACUGGAUAGGUACAUGUAAAAGUAUGAAAUUAGAACACUCCCUAUAAAACAUUCUUGAAAUGACAAAAUUAUAGAAAUGGAGAACAGAUUAGUGGUUUCCAGGGGUUAAGGAGGGGAUUGGUGUUGGGGGAGGGAAUUGUGUCUGUGGCUAUACAAGGGCAACAUCAGAAAUCCUUGUGAGGAUGGAAAUGCUCUGUAUCAUGACCGUAUGGAUGUCAGUAUCUUGGUUGUGAAAUUGUGCAACAGCUUUGCAAGAUGUUACCAUUGGAGGAAAUUGGGUAAAGGGCACAAUGGAAUCUCUCUGUAUCAUUUCUUACAGCUGCAUGUGAAGCUACAAUUAUCUCAGAAUAAAAAUAAGAGUAUAAUUUUAAAAAGCACACUUGCCCUGCUGUGUCUGAACUGAAAUCUCCUGGACCAAAUUAUCCAUGCUAAUUAAAAUCAUGAAUAAAAGUAUUUGUGGAUACACAGUAAUCAUCAUUCAUCACUCUGAAAAGGAAGUAGCUUUAAGUUGUAGAUAUGUAUUUGUAUUUUAUUGUCUUUGGAAGAAGGCCAAUGUAGAUAAUCAUUGAGUAUUUCUAAAUACCAAAAAGCAAGUAACUGAACCAAGCUUAACUUUACCUGGAAAAAGAAUAAUUUAAAUAAGCUCCAGAGGUGCUUAAAGUUGUGUACCAGAAUUUAAUACAUCUCAUGGAGAAAUGGGAAAGAUAGACUUCACUCAUAAAUAUACAACUUAGAGAAGAUUCACAUAUAUAAUCACCUGCUCCCUUCUCCCUCACUUACUAGUCUCUGCAGAUGCUUCCAGGAAAGCCACUGAAAAAAAUUGUGGUUGGGGUUUAUACCCAGGUUUAAAAGUGGAGGAGGGGAAAGUAGGUUUAAGAGCAAGAAUGAAGCUUAUUCUAAAAUUUUUGCCCCUGGUAGCCUUUGCUAAGCUUCAGAGAGCUGACUUCAAAUAGACUAUCAAGCAUAGCUAGUCUGCCUGUUGCUAGGGGUAAUAUUUAUUCCUCAUUCUUCACAUUUCCACAGAGUGUAGAGAAUUUCCAUUCCGCUGUCCAGGAGGGAAGGGCAAGCUCCCCCACUCACUCCAUCCUGGGGAAAGAGGAGUGACUCAUGGGCAAAUUUCUUUAUAUCUGUGUUUCUUUGAUUUCAGCCAAAUCCUGAGCUUUCUGAGGUAGGCUACAGGAAAGCCUGAAGCUGUCCACUUCUGCCUUGCACUUGGGUGAGCAAGUCCGUCUAAUUUAGAGGUAGGGUAUUUGGUAGCCCAUUGUGGUCACAUACCCUCUAAUCCAGCUUUUUGUCAGUAAUAAAGCUAAUUUUUUUUUUGAACCAUUAUCUGGAUUCUAUGUCUCUCAGUUCCAAACAGGGGAAGAAUCCCCCCAACCAGACUCCAAGGAAACACAAAAUACCUUUCUAGAAUCCUAUAAAGUUAGAACUGAAAAAUAUAUUUCAGAUAAGUCCACCACUCUAUUUGAAGCACCUGUAGUAAAAAAUAAGUUCAUUAAUGGCCAGAAGUUUUUUUGGGGGGGAGGGUGGAGAGUGAAGGGAGGUUAUUAUGAUGUAUACUACAUAUGUAGUAAAGCACAGAAGACAUAAAUAUACAGGUCAAUUAAUUAUCUACAAAGUGAACACCCAUGUAACUACCAACUAGGUUAGUGAGUAGACCACAACAAGCAUCCCCAAAGCCCCAGUGUUUUCCUUCACAAUCACUAUCGUCUUCUUCCCUUACAAAGUUAACAACAAACUGAUGUUUUAGCACCUAAGUCUGUACCCUUAAACAUUAUAGUUUUGCCUGUUUUUUUGAAAUUUAUAUUAAAUGGAACUAUACGGUAUUUUGCUCUAUAUUAACUGCUUUUAUUUUGCUCUAUAUUGACUGCUUUUGUUCUGUAUUAUAUUUCUGAGAUGCAUGUCUAUUGUUGCAUAUAGCUGUGAUUUAUUCAUAUCCUUUGCUGUAGAGAAUCCCAUUGUUUGAAUAAACAACUUACCCAUUC